AUGGGUUUAAUGGGUCCCUCUCUUCAAAGUCUCUUUGAGAUGUGCGACAAGUCGUUUUCCUUGCGGCGGCUGCAGUUCAUUCAUUCGAAGGGCAUCCUCCAUCGCGACAUCAAGCCAGACAAUAUUGUUACGGGUGUAAACGGCAAUGAAGUGAAAACCUAUCUCAUUGGUUUUGGGCUAGCAAGAAAUGCAAAGUACACGGAACGAUUCAGAAUUGCGCGGUCACAUGCAUCUUGUCGCUUUGAAAGCUACACUCUGCCGUGGAAAGACCUGUUGUUGGAAGAGGUUAAGAAAAAGAAGUACGACCUUAGUAGCUAUGUCACCUUAACCAAUCUGGUUGACUACUUUGGCUUUUUAUUGGUGCUUAAUUUUGCGAAGAAGCAGGAUUAUGACCUACAUAUCGACUAUGGUACCAGCCAAAGAGCACGAGUUCGAAUCGGCUGUAAGUUUUGA